UCCACCAAACAUUGCCUCUAUUGCAAAUUUUUCAGACUUCUUAUCUGUGUUUGGAGACAGGGCAUCAGCACUUUUUUGUGACUUCCUUAAUGAUAACAUGAAGCUUGUGUUAAUGGGUGAUUUCAAUUUCAAUUAUCCAGACCGUGGAAGGAUUGCGAAACUUUUUAGUGAAGUUCUUGGUUUGAAGCAGCUGAUUGAUUCUCCAACAACCGAAUAUGGCAGCUGUCUUGAUCACAUUUACACCAGUUUGCAAGAAAGUUGCUUGAAGGACUUUGGCGUGUUGGAGACCUACUACUCUGAUCAUAAGCCGUUAUAUCUUGCAUUUACACAGAGUGAAGUAUAGAACCAUGCAGCAGCGCUAGCCAAAUCUUAACACAUUUUGUAUAUUGUUGUAUAUAUUGGUUUUUGUUUUCUAUACCAACUGGAAUUGUACAAAUAACUACAUGUAUUUUGUUUUUUAUUUUAUAUCAUGCAUUUGCCCUGAUAGAUAACGUGUGUAUAUUUUAAAAGUCUUGUUGCUAAAUAUUUCUUGUUUGAAUAUUUGUUUUUGUGAGUAACAGUGCCAAUGCACUCUGAUUUAUGGAUCUUUAUACUAUUAUUAUUAUUUGCAGAUGUCUAUUGGACUAGCUUUUGGAAAUCGGGCGUCUGGCCCAUACAAGACACCUAUGAGGGUGUGCAUUGUGGCGGUGGAUGAAGAGCCGUCCACAUUCAGAGGGAAGGAUGGCACAGAGCGAAAGGUGUUGGCGUGUGCCGUCAGCGACGGCUGUAAAGUGGUUCGAGUGGUCUGCUAUGCGUCCAACCUGUUUGGACGACUCAAGGUUGGAUCAUCCAUAGCGAUGAGAGAAGUCAUCCGGAAGACCGAUGCACGACAACCGUAUAUCGUUAUGACAGAAAAGUCGAAGGUAUUUGCAACGGCUGCUGUAAGCCACCCAGCCAGCCACACGGACGAGGGGACCACCCUUCUCAACCCUCUGCCGGCAGCAGAUGUGCCAAUAGCAACGGCACUAUCAUCUCCAUCAAAACAGAAAAACAGCGUGGUGGGGAAGAUUGUUCAGGAGGAAGCACCCCGGACCAUUCGGGUCAAUGAUGAAGAGGUCACCAUCAAGGUGGUGAAGGUGGAAGACUCCACCUCCAACUGCAAUGUCACACUGUGGAGGGCCGCUGCCGCUGCAGAUGUGAGGCCAGGUGACUACAUCCGUGUCACAGACGUCAUAGUCAACCAUUACAAUGGUUCAACAAGCCUGUCCACUACUGCUAGAACGAAAAUUGAGAAAACUGAAGUGCCAGUGUCUGAACGCGAUGUGGUUGUUGUUGGCGCUUGUGUCGACGGUGCUACAGUCGAUCUCCUAUUGGAUGAUGACACUGAAGUGAAAGUGCCUGUGGUCAUGAUGCAGGGGUUAGUUGGGGACGAAGACAUUGAGGAGGCAUCUGCAGCAGGCUUGCAAGUGCACAUAACUUCGCAAGGGCCGGAUAUCGUGAGCCUGGAGCUGAUCGAGGAGGCCUUAAUGCUUGGGUGAAAGUUUUCAGACAUGCCUGAAGUUCAGGUUUUUUGAAAGGCAAUUUUUUUACUUUUCUUAAGUAAUUACUAUUGAAAGUACCGCCAUUUCAUACUUUUCUGGUUUUUCAAUAUUUUGUACUUUCACCCAUGUUAAUGUGAAAGCCUAACUUGUGCACUACUCGACUGACUCUGAAUGGCUAGUCAUUCUUUGUGCAAUUUCAUUGCUGAUCUC